UUCCGUGAUCGUUUUGGGUUGCCUGCCAUUUGUCAAUUGGCAAUGCUAGGCAAAACAUCAUUUCAGAUUUUCCUUCAGUAAAUAAAGCGCGUGGAUUGCGGGUUCUGGCGGUGCUGUGCUGCUUUCGUCUCGAAAUCUACGGGACCGGUCAAUAUUUUACACAAAGGGCGGUGGAAAUACAAACUCUGUUUUCGCCGUGGAAGCUUUCGCCGCCGCAUAGCUUGUGAUCGCGCUCUUCGCUUCUGCAAUUUCUGCUACUCUCUCCCCAGGGUUCGCCAUAACCCACUAUCUCUCUCGUCUCUGCAUCUCAUUUUAUCUUCUACCGCUCUCCACUUCUGUUCAAGCUUAGGAAUUGGAUUGAAUUUAGCCAAUUAGGGUUUCCUUCUCUGCUUCGUGUCUGGGUGCAACCUCUGAUUCACCGAGUUGUAAGCUUUAUCUGGUUUCGUAUUCAGUUUAUUACUUUAGUUUGCUGCUCUGCUUCUGCUCUCUCAAGAAUCUCCUUGGCUCAAUAUUUUUUCCUGUGCAGGAGAUUCAAUCCUAGGUAAUUGUGUAUUAAGGUGGCUUUUUCUGUCUUAUGUUCACUAAUCAUUCAUUACCCUGCCUUUCUCUCUCUCAAUAUUAGUCUUUAAAUUGAACUCAAUCCAACAUUGAGAAAUCAAUUUGGAAUACUAAUUUGUUUAUUAGAGUUUUAAACCCAAACUAAAAUUUAGGUUUACUUAGGAUAUAAUAAUUGUUUCCCAAAUACUUGAGAUUUGUGGUGUUGUGGUUAAUUUCAGAAACUAGGAAUAUCAGAGUCAUGCAAAGACAUGGCAUUUCUGGCGCUUGUUGGGUAUAAGUAGCUGAGUGUAUGCUCAUGAACGAUGAUGUUGAAGAAGAAGAAUAGGUUUUCAGGAGGAAAUUCUAUUGCUUUUGCAAAUAAUUACGAAUCAGAAGGUUCAGGUAGUUCUGGGAGAAUUGAUACAGAAAUUGCAGCUUCAGAGUGUUCAAUGGCCCCUGGAAGGAAGUGGAUAAAUUUGAACUCUGCUGCAAGUGAUGGCUUUGCUGUGCCCAUCCAACUUAUACCUUUAUUUAAACUCUCUCCAUCUGACAGAAAGAACUUAGUAUUGCGGUUGAGAUAUGAACUUGAGCAGAUUCAAAUGCUCCAGAAGAAAAUUGAGAUGCACAGGACAAGCGCAGUCACUGUGUCAUCAUCCAGUGACAUCCUUAGCUGUAGUAAUGCAACAAAAGGCCCACCUGUUGCUGGGAACAUCAAAAGAUCUGCAAAGUCAGGAAAAAAAUCGAACUCUAACUCUCUUGUUCAGAAAUCUCAGGGCAGGAUUUCAGGUACCUCAGUGCAACUUGAGCCUGUGAAACAGUCUUCUGAACAACCAAAUCUGAAUGCAUCAUUGCUCAAGCAAUGCGAGAACUUAUUGAAAAAGUUAAUGACACAUCAGCACGGUUGGGUGUUUAAUGAACCUGUUGAUGUAGUGAAAUUAAAAAUCCCUGAUUAUUUAAUAGUUAUCAAACAACCUAUGGAUUUGGGAACGAUAAAGAAGAAGCUUUCUUCUGGUCAGUACUCCAGUCCGUUGGAUUUCCUUGCUGAUGUGAGAUUGACUUUCUCCAAUGCCAUGACCUAUAAUCCACCUGGGAAUGAUGUGCACUUCAUGGCUGAUACCAUGAGCAAGUUUUUUGAAAUGAGAUGGAAAUUUAUUGAGAAAAAAAUCCCUGAAAAUAUUGCUGAAUCUCCAGUAAAAAAAAUUGUCUUGUGUGAAGAAACCAAAAUAAUUAAGCCUAUACCUUCUUCACGAAAAAGGAAAGUUUCUCCAGUUCAUCACAAAGCAACACCAGAACCUCCCAAGCAGAGGAUGUCUGCUGAAGAUAAAGAUAAAUUAAGCAGAGAAUUGGAAGCCUCACUUGGAGAUUUAUCAGAUAACAUAAUUGAGUUUCUUAAGGAACAAACUUCAAAUGGAGUAGAAGCUGGAGAGGAUGAGAUUGAGAUUGAUAUUGAUGUUCUCAGUGAUGAUACAUUGUUCAAAUUGCGCAAGCUUUUAGAUGUCUUUCUGCAAGAGAAAAAGCCAGACAAUGCAAAAGCAGAGCCUUGUGAGAUAGAGCUGCAAAAUGAAUCAGGGUUCAGCAAUUCAUCCAUGCAACUUGAUCGAGGUAAUGACCUUGUCGGGGAGGAGGUUGAUAUUUGUGGAAAUGAGCUUCCUGUCUCAAGUUAUCCCCCAGUUGAGAUAAAAGAAGAAAUUACCCAUCAAGUCAAUGAAUGUACUAAUGUAGGGGUUCCUACUGGCAAAUCAGAUUCUAGCUGCUCAUCUGAAGGUCAAAAAGCCUUUGCUGAUGUGAAACAGGAUCAAAGUUGUUCUCCAGCAAGCAUAGAUGGUAAGGAAGGUGGUAAUAAUGUGGCUGAUUGCAAUAAAUCUAUGAGUGAGUUGGACCAGCUUGAGCAUUGUUCAGAGAAAAUGAAUUCUGUUGAGCUAGAUGGACAACAAGGGGAGAUAACUGAGAAUGAGAGGCAGUCAUCUCCUGGAAAGCUCUAUAGAGUUGCUUUGCUGAAGAACAGAUUUGCAGACACAAUUUUAAAAGCUCGAGAGAAGGCACUUGGUCAAGUUGAGAAGGGGGAUCCAGAAAAACUGCAGCGUGAAAGGGUGGAAAUUGAAAUGCAGAGAAGGAAAGAAAAAGCUAGGUUAGAGGCUGAAGCCAAGGCUGCUGAAGAGGCUCAAAAACGAGCAGAAGAGAAGGCUGCAGCGGAGGCCAAGAAAAAGAGAGAAGUUGAGAGAGAAGCAGCAAGGCAGGCAUUACUGAAAAUGGAACAAACGGUUGAAAUCAACGAGAAUUCCCGGAUUCUUGAAGAUUUGGAGAUGUUAAGGGUAGGCCCUCCGGCUCCGGAGCUAUUAUUAUUGCCUCCUAGCUCUGCCUCUGCGGAGGAGACCAGCCCAGAACACUCACACUCACAAGAUGGGUUAGGCAGUUUCAAAUUUGGAAGUGGCAGUAACCCUCUGGAACAACUUGGAUUGUUCAUGAAAGCAGACUAUGAGGAGGAGGAAGAAGAAUGUGAGGCGGAGGCACCACAACUCUGCAUACUAAACAAUGGAGUAAAAGAUAUUGAGGAAGGAGAAAUUAACUAAGCUCCCUCCCAUCCUUAUGUGUAACACAAUAAUAAUAAUAUUGUACAAUAAUAUUCCGAAUCUAAAUGAAGCAUUACUUCCUAGU